AUGACCAGGGGUGCCUGGAUGUGUCGGCAGUAUGACGACGGCUUAAAAAUCUGGUUGGCAGCACCCCGGGAGAACGAGAAACCGUUCAUCGAUUCCGAGAGGGCUCAGAAAUGGCGACUGUCUCUGGCAUCUCUCUUGUUUUUCACAGUCCUGCUCUCUGAUCACUUGUGGUUCUGCGCCGAGGCCAAACUGACCCGGACCCGGGACAAGGAGCAGCAGCACCAGCAGCAGCAGCAGCAGCAGCGCCAGCGGCAGCGGCAGCAGCGGCAGCGGCAGCAGGAGCCCUCCUGGCCCGCGCUGCUGGCCAGCAUGGGAGAGCCCUCGCCUGCCGCCCAGGCACACAGACUCCUCUCCGCCUCCUCGUCCCCCACCCUGCCCCCGUCCCCGGGAGACGGCGGCGGCAAGGGCGCCCGAGGCAAAAGCAAGCGGAGCAAAGCGCUUUUUCUAGGAAACUCUGCCAAGCCAGUGUGGCGCCUGGAGACUUGUUACCCCCAGGGCGCCUCCACGGGCCAGUGCUUCACGGUGGAGAGCGCGGACGCCGUGUGCGCCAGGAACUGGAGUCGGGGGGUGGCGGCCGCGGGGGAGGAGCAGCGCGCAGCUCCGCUCUGGAACUUGUCGGAUUUUUACCUUUCGUUUUGUAAUUCCUACACACUCUGGGAGUUGUUCUCGGGGCUGUCCAGCCCCAACACUUUGAACUGCAGCCUGGACGAGGUGCUCACGGAAGGCGGGGAGAUGACCACCUGCAGGCAGUGCGUCGAGGCGUACCAGGACUACGACCACCACGCGCAGGAGAAGUACGAGGAGUUUGAGAGCGUGCUCCACAAGUACUUACAGUCGCAGGAGUACUCGGUCAAGUCCUGUCCCGAGGACUGCAAGAUCGUCUACAAAGCCUGGCUCUGCUCCCAGUACUUUGAAGUCACGCAGUUGAACUGCAGAAGGACAAUUCCUUGCAAGCAAUACUGUUUGGAGGUUCAGACGCGGUGUCCCUUUAUCUUGCCGGACAAUGACGACGUCAUCUACGGGGGCCUCUCUAGCUUCAUCUGUACAGGGCUGUACGAAACCUUCCUCACCAGUGACGAACCCGAGUGCUGUGACGUCCGGAGAGAGGAGCCGGCCCAGGGCCCGUCCAGGGCGGCGGCGGCGCAGGGCGGCGGCGCCUGCCCCAGCCCGUCGCUCGCGCCGUCCUCGGCCACGAGACUGUGCAGCGGCCGACUCAAGCUGUGCGUGCUGGUCCUGAUGCUCCUGCACACCGUGCUCACGGCGUCGGCGGCACAGAGCGCGGCCGCCGUGAGCCUGCGGGGCCUGCCCGCGCUGGACGACAACGCCACCAGCGAGGAGUGA